AAAGAGAGAUAAAAUAAAACAGGAAGACGUGGCAAGAGAGGUGCCUAUGAUGAUGUUACUAUGUUAAUUGUAGUUUGAACUUGGAACGAAUGAAUGAAUGAGCAUCAUAUCAUAUCAUAUCAUAACAAUAUGGCUUCUUUGCUCCAUCCAACUCCAACUGUUACCACUAUACUUAAGCAUCGAACAUCAACAAUCUGUUUCUUCUGUCCCUUAAAACCUACAAAUGUUUCUUUCUUAACUAACACAAACCGUGUCAAUACCAACACUACAAAGUGUAAUGCAUUUUUUGAUAAUAAUGUCACCAGUGGUUUGUUGGAGGUUGGUGGGGACCACAUUCCUUCUUUCCUUCGAUCAGGACUACUUCAGUUUCAAGAAUUAUCAGACAUGCAGAGAUGGGAGUUUCUUCUUUUUGGUGGACUCAUAUGGAUAUACUUAACUGCAAGACCAGGUGUUCUUAUUGGUGCCAUUGAUGCUUACCUUUUUGCUCCUCUUCAACUUGGUUUUGACAAUCUAUCUGGAAGGAGAAACUUGAAGACUGGUGAUUUUCUUGUUGGAGAUAAAAUCGGUGAAGGGUCAUUUGGUGUUGUUUAUUCUGGUGUUUUGAUCUCAAAGAAUGUGGUGGAUGUUGAGGAGGACAAGAGAGGAAGAUCCAAGGCAACAAGGUUGGAACCCAAAUCUAAGGAUAAAGUUAUUCUAAAAAAGGUUAAGAUUGGAAUUCAAGGGGCUGAAGAAUUUGGUGAAUUUGAGGAAUGGUUCAAUUACCGGCUAUCUAGAGCAGCACCUGAAACAUGUGCUGACUUCCUUGGAAGUUUUGUGGCUGAUAAAACAAACUCACAGUUCACAAAAGGUGGAAAAUGGCUUGUUUGGAAAUUUGAGGGAGAUCGUACUCUUGCAGAUUAUAUGAAAGAGCGCAACUUCCCUUCAAACUUAGAAUCUGUCAUGUUUGGACGUGUGUUGCAAGGCGUAGAUUCUUCUAGACGAAAUGCAUUGAUCAUCAAGCAAAUCAUGCGCCAGAUAAUUACUUCUCUUAAGAAAAUUCAUGAUACAGGCAUUGUUCAUAGAGAUAUAAAGCCAGCCAACUUAGUGGUCACCAAACAGGGGCAGAUUAAACUCAUUGAUUUUGGUGCUGCAACAGACCUUCGGAUCGGAAAGAAUUAUGUUCCCGACCGCACCCUUUUGGAUCCUGACUAUUGCCCCCCAGAACUCUAUGUACUCCCAGAAGAAACACCAAGUCCCCCACCGGCGCCAAUUGCUGCGUUCUUUUCACCAAUCCUAUGGCAGUUAAACAGCCCUGAUCUGUUUGAUACUUAUUCGGCUGGGAUUGUACUCCUUCAAAUGGCAAUACCAACCUUAAGGUCUCCUGCUGCUUUGAAGAAUUUUAAUUUGGAAAUAAAAACCUGUGGAUAUGAUUUGAAAAAAUGGAGGGAAUAUACUCGCCUCAGGCCCAACCUCCAAAUUCUUGAUAGUGAAUCUGGUAGAGGUUGGGACUUGGCAACAAAGCUUAUAUCUGAAAGAGGUCCCGUAAGAAGAGGACGUUUAUCUGCUGCUUCAGCUUUGAGACAUCCUUAUUUUCUUCUAGGAGGUGAUCAGGCAGCUGCAGUUCUUUCAAAAUUAAGCUUAAGUAGAAAGUAACCAGCAUGAAUGUCAGUAUAUCAUCCUUUUCUAAUUCAUUUAUAUUUUCAGAAUUAUUGUUGAAGGAAUUUUAUAUCUCAAAGAAGGAACUUUUUUCCUGCCAUAUAGAUUUAUAUUUUUCACUAGACAACAAACUCAAACACUAGCAAGAGCACUUGGUGGUUAUAGGGCUUAAUCAGCCUUCUCUCAUGAUUUCAUUCUGCAAGUAAAACUGCCCUUCUUCAAAAUUCUUGUUUUUUUGUUUUUAUGUAUAUUGUAUUUUGGAUUAUUAUGAAAUCAACAAGAACAAGAACAACUAUAGAGAUACAAA